AACGGUGCAGUGAGUGUCGUAGUUCCAAAAACCUCCGCUACGCUGCGUCGUCGUCAGCAGCGCUUCAGUCGACGCCAGUGUCUGCUCACGGGAGGUCCUUGUUCGAUUGUUUCGCGAAGUUUCAUCACUGAGUGUUGUGUACUGAUUGUGCGCCUGACAGUUAUGAUUACACUGAUUGUGUUACUGUAGUUGUUGUGUUCGUUUCGUGCGUCGUCGCUGUCUAUGUUUAGGUUUGUGUCGUGCUCGUGUCAUUGGAUGUAGUGUGUGUAAGGCCAUCUGGUCGUAAGGCGUCCCUUCUCGGAAAAGACCCCGUCUUUCUCUGACAAGAAUUAGAUGUCUCGAUCAGGAGGAAAUUUAAGGAUACUGACCUGAGACCCCAUGGCCCGGCCUGGCAUGACCAGAUGGCGCACCAGGGACUCUCCGGCAGAAGGGAGCGAUGAGGUGCAGAGGUCUUUGGAGUUGUUGGACCAGGUUUUGUCAGAGUUCGACGAUCUGGAAAACGGCAACGUGGCGGCGCGAGAGGUGCGGGCACAGUUGUCGGAAGACGACGGGUACAUGAGUAUGAACGGGCGGCGCGCCAAGUUCGUGCUCAACUUCCGUCCCCCGCCACCUGACGGAGAGGAGCUGCCCCCGACACCGGAGCCAUGUGGUCCUCCACCCCCGGAACUGGCAGACUUCCCUCCCCCACCUGAGGAGGCAGAGAGGAUUAUAUCCACACUUCUACCUAAGGUCUCUCCUGGGAACUCCACCAAGAGAGCGCCAGGUACGGGCGUUAGACAUGGACAUGGUAAAGUCAGUAGUUUCACGCUCGGCCCUCACUUUGGCAGCCAUGACAGCAGGGUUACCACCGCAACACAGACAACUCUGCCCAAGACGAGGCACCAGCGGCCAUUUGGAUGGGAGAACAGUCCUUCAACGCACCCACACCACCACCCGUCCAACAAGUUCGGUUCACUCCCUUACGACAGUUCCCAUCAGUGGCUUGCGUACGGCCCCGCCGCUCUCCCCCCUCGUACCUGCCCCACAGCGGUCGACCGUCACCGUGAGGUCAGGAGAAGAACGCCGGAGGAGGAAAACGGAGAGGUCCCGCUGAAAACACUUUCUGAGACCACAGAUGACGACCAUGCAAACUUUUCUGACGACUCGCUAGAAGAACUGUUACCUCCUCCCCCGCCUACGUCCAAGAGAAGUAGUAUCGCUUGGGAAGUUCCACUGGACUUGGACGAAGAAGCUAUGAUGACCCCAGGAAGCACCAAGGUUGUCGGGCGAAGGAGGAGGAAAUCAACGGACAGAUCGAGUACAGGAUCCAACUCGCGGCUGAAAGACCAGGAUGACUGGCCUGACCCACCCACGGGCACUGAAGAUGGCUCCAUCUCUCCGUUCAGUGACUGGGACUCUUCGGCUGGCAAGCUUGAUGACGGCAGCUUCCUACCACCAGAACUGUCAGCGUCCGACCUCAGUGCCAGUGGAACCUAUGUCAUCAGGAAGGGCCGACGGAAAGAGAGAACACCAGUGCCUCUCGCUUCAAGCAAAACAGAAAAGCUUCAACAAUCACCAUCACACAACUCUAAUUCUAAAUUGAAUGAACUGAAAAGAUGUAGUUCAACAUUUGAUAAUAUAAAAUCUCUUUUAAAAGAAGGUCUGAUAGAAGGUUUAGACGAAACACCGCCGGACUUUCAACCUCCCACCCCUCCUGCCUUAGUGAGAGUUGUAUCGUUACCGACGUUGACAAUAGAAGAAGCCUGCCGAACAGAACCUCUCCAGAUAGUGGAAGAAGUGAGAAUUCCAGAAAUUCCCAAAGUUGAAGAAGUGAGAAUACCAGAAGUUCCAAAAGUGGAAGACGUGAGAAUACCAGAAGUUCUAAAAGUGGAAGAAGUGAGAAUACCAGAAGUUCUAAAAGUGGAAGAAGUGAAAAAGGAAUCCAAAAGCGUAGAAGUAGAAGUGAAAUCUUGUGACGUCGGUGUGCAAGUAAUGGAUGAUUUACCUGUUUUAUCCUUGAGCGAAAAACCCAAGGAAAGUGUGGAAGAAAGCACUCAGGUAUCAUUAGAGUAUAGAGAUGUAAACGACAAAUCGACUGAGCUCAGUAAAAGCUGUGAUAGCGUAGUCGACUCGAUAACAUCGAAAACCGAAGAAGCUUUGAUACUCAAACUCCAACAAGAUCAAACGGAUGAUUACAGUUCGUCGGAGGAUAUUUUAUCACCUUCAUUUACGAGUGUGACCAGACCUGUGAAUAGCUUUGAAAUUGCAAAAGAGGAAGUCAUCACUGAUCCUUGGCUCACCGCUUCGGAAAUUAGUGAAGUUCAAGUUGUUCCUGUUGUUGAGGAGGAAAGUGAAAUCAAAGAGGAAGUUGUGGACAAGCCGCCUGGAGACUUUAACGUAAUGGUGGAAGUCCUUCAGCAUGAGUUCGGCCCUCUUCCUCCUUCCCCUGUUGAAGAAGACGAAGACGAGUAUAAUGAUGUGUUGCGCAAUAGCCCAGUAAGAACAUCGAGGGGAAAGGCAGACUCGGUUCCGGAGCCGUUCUAUCGAUGUUUGGAGCCGCCUGGGAGUGAUCCGAUUGGAGCCAAGUUUCUCAACCGACCUUGCCCCGACCCUCCGCCUCACAAGGAACCAACGUCCAGCCUCAAAACUCGCUCAAUGGACGCAGGCUUCAGCAGGAAUCACAAAAAUCAACACUCAAAUAGUAGAAGUAGAGAUAUUCCGUCAGAGCGGAGAACGCUGCCGUCAGAGUUACCAGGUCCAUCGAGACGACGAACGUUCCAAAAGCGAGGCAGCAGUCAAUCUCCGAGAGAAGAAGGCCACAUGCAGGUGUCCUGUUCACUCCCCGAGACCCCUAUUUUUGCUAGAGGCUGUGAUAUUCCCCGCACGCCGCACCGUCGUGCCCCCGAAGUUCCCCCCACCGGGACCCGCACCACCCCCCGUCCCCCUGGCAUACAGACCAGCAGUUACCGGCGGACCCCUACCACUGUAGGGCACGGUACCACUGGCAGCACUACCACACUUGGCCAAGCUAUGGUGGGGGCAGAGCUGCUCAGGCUGACUGGUGGGCCAGGUAGAGGGUGGUAUCCCCGCCAUCGCAACCCUCGUCCAGCAUCUGUGGAGCACCUGGACCAUCUAGCUCACCCAGCGGGGGCAAACACGGGUACAGGCACCCACGGGUGGGACUCUAGCCACCCCCGCAAGCCACUCACUCUUCCACCUAACCUUACACCCAAGUUCUUCCACAGGUCUCCCAGAGAGGCACUGCGCAGGGUUACCAGUCUGCUGAUACGGAAAGAUGACUCCAGCCCAGCCCCUCCCGUCCCUCCUCAUAACACAAGUCUGCAGCGUAAGCAAGGAAACAGUAAAGACUCGAAGAAAGAUCAGCUGUCUCCCACCCAGGCGUUUGGGCCAAAUGGUGAGGAAGGGACGAAGCAGAAGCGAGGAUUCUUCAAGAGUUUCUGGAAGCGUUCUCGUCACUACUCGCUGGAGCAGCAAUAGCCAGAAGAGCCUCCGCCGAGGUGGCAAUGCUUCAUGAUGUGCAACUGUCAUUGAACCGGCCAAAGUCGGAGUCCAGGAUGGAACCUUCUUGAAGAAACUCAACUUUUGAGCUGUUACCUAAGCAUUUAGCAGCUGGCAUUCUGAAAGUGGUCUCUGGAAUCUUUGACAGUAGCUAGUCAAUAAAACAAUGAAGACAAUUAUUGUGUAGGCCUAAAUGAUUUGUUUAAGAUUGGAAGAAAAGAGUUGACAUUUAUAUUUAUUAUUCAUUAUCUUCUUUUAAGGGAUGUAAAAUAAGUUUUACAAAAAAGAUUUCCUUUGCUUCUUCAGGUUUAAUAACCCACUGAGUUCAAUUUGGAAAAUUAAUCAAGUAAAUUAUGCUCAUUAGUGUGUUGUAUUUUUCAUGCUUUCAGAAUGCCAGUCCCAGUGCUACAGAAUGAAAGAUAUUCUUGAACAUUUAUGAAAGAGUGAAUGAUAUUCUGUUAGUACAGUAUUAAGUAUUACCAAUGAGUAAUUGUGAUUGGCAUAUAUUAUGGCCUAUAACAAUUAGUUAUAGUUAAAUUAUAUUUCAAUAAACAAGUUCAUCUUUAAAAAAGGUUGCAAUUGAUUAUAAAUUACUGAGGAAAUAAUCCAGCCAUUUCAAUUAAGAUUUUGUACUUUAUUGAUGAAAUGUUUGUUUCAUUUCAGUAGAAAGUUGAAAAUUUGUAUACUGUAGUGUUCAAGUUUAGGGACCAUAUCUCAAUUUGUAAAGAGGUUUUGUCUCUUUUAUUUCUGUGAGGUUUUGAAAUUAGAACAGUUUUACCUUUUUGUCCCUUCAGACAUGUAGUAUGAAUUUGUUUUAUAAAAUCCAGCAGGGAAAGCCACUCUUUGUGAAUUUUCUACAUAAUAAUUUUGGACAUUUUUGUCCAUUGAAGUUGAAAGAUACUAAAUGAUCUUUGAUAUGUAAAAAUAACAGUUUUCUCCAAUAAUGUAGGGAGUCCUUUCCCUUGUAUAAACUGUAUUUUUAUAAUUGAUUUCGCCUCCGAGGCUCUAGUCUGGUGCAUGCGAGACGUUUGUGUUACGUAGAACUAAGCGAUUAAUAUUCGAGAUUUUGUAUAAAAUGCGUUAAGUAACGUAUUUUAUAACAUGUGCUUUUAGAGUAACUUGCAGGUAAGGCAGGGUUUUUGGAAUAACCGACUACAAUAACUAAUGUAAAUUCUGUUAUUAAAAUAUAUGUAUAUUAAUAGUAAUAUAGUAACAUUGUGUAAAGACCUGGCCAUACUUGCAAGAUAGCAACGGAUGUAGAGGCAAGAUAUUUCUGAAUGUGCUAACAUAGGCGCUGUGUGUAGUAGGUCUUCGAAUGCUAUUUGUUGUAUAUUAGACAGCGUGUUAUCGUUAGGCUGGAUCGAGCAAGUACAUUGGGCAUUUAGGUUUAGCUUUAAGGUAAACAUAACAUUUUUGGAAAAUCUUUUUUUGCAAGUUUACUUUUCUGUGAGUGUGAAAAUAUACUUCAUGUAUUUCCAGUGUAAUAAAAAUGAAUCAUGGGGGGAAUUAUUUUGUGCUGAUCUUAAAUGACGAACCAGAGCACCUAAUCAAAAUUAUCUUCUUCCCCUUCUCACUGAGGUAAUGCCCAAUGCUUGUCUAAUAAUAAUACGCACAAUUCACCUACACCGUCACUGCCACUAUCUGGGGUGAAGUCAGAUGUAAAGCUGCGUUCAGCUCACCAGUUCACAUUGUCCAUAGUUUUCUACAAGUGUAGAUUUGUAACUGCCUCUGCCAUGUUGUAUCUAUGAUACAAUCGAUCGAUUGUCCUUUGAGUUUCUUAUUGCAAA